AGGAGGAGAAGCAGGUCGACUUUUUUACGCUGCUCAGAGAGAGAGAGGCUGCAGUCCAAUCCUCCGUCCGGGACAGUAGGCAUCGAGCAUCCAUGUGUCAAACGGACUUUGGGAGCCACAUUGAGACGACUCUCCAGCAGGAAAAAGCUCCACUUGCUGACUUCUGGACGGGGAGUUUUAAAACACUCCUGUUCUAAAGCUGCAUGUGCGUCUUUAUCUUUGCUCGGUCACUUUGGUUUGGAUUCUUCUGACAGCCGGACUGGAGUGAAAUCCAUCUUCAGACCUCAAAACCUCUCCGCUGCCGCCUUGGGACUUCCACAUCUGCAGGAUCUGCAGACUGAUUAUCUUCCUAAAUGUCCAUGAUUCCUUCUCGAACUCCUGUUUUCUGCGCUGGGCAUACGCAGCCCCGCUGUCUCCUGGCUGCCGGCGCGUCUUUGUCAUUUUAAUGUCGCCGUAAUCACCGCGCGUCUGGCUGAUCGUCGCUUUGGCAUUUCAGCGCAAACCAACAAAUUAAGGAGGCUUCCUCUCCCAGCUGCCAUAAAGACGAGAAGUUUACGAGAUAAACGCUGAUUGUGGAGCUGCUUCGCUCGACUCUUUGGAUUGUUGUUAUUUAUUUAUUCCUCCGUUUUCACUAAACUCUUUGAUUUUUUUUUUCUGGAGCGAACCCGAGGAUGUUGCUCCGCUGCUCGAACCCUCCCUCGUCGUCCACCUGUAGGUUUUUCCUCUGCUUUUUGUUGCUGCUCCAAACGCCCCGGUCUUCCUCUCCGCUAAUUACAGGCACUGAAGCCAGCUGUGAGAAUGAAGGAGAGGUCCUCCACAUCCCCAACAUCACCGACAACCCCUGCAUCACCUGCGUCUGUCUGGAUGGAAAAGCAGACUGUAAACAGGAGAAAUGUCCACUGGUCUCUGAAGACUGUGCUCUGGUGGUGAAACAGACCGGGGCCUGCUGCGAGAGGUGUAAAGGUUGCAUGCUAGAUGGACGAUCCUACAACAGCUCAGUGUCCUGGACCAGCUCCACCAAACCCUGCAUAACUAGACGCUGUCAGGAAGGUGUCAUCACUGAGGCGGAGGUGCAGUGUGUCGUCCACUGCAAGAAUCCCAAAAUCCACCCAAAGAAGUGCUGCCCCACCUGCCCCAGCUGUAUCUUCGAGGGUCGUCUGUAUAAAGAGAAGGAGGAGUUCAGUCCAGAAGGCAAACCCUGCAUAAAGUGUACCUGCACUGGAGGACGGACUCUCUGCAUGAGGGAGGUGUGUCCUGUCCUUUCCUGCCCCAACCACCUCAGCCACACCCCUCCUGGACAGUGCUGUCCCAGAUGUCUCGGUCAGAGGAAGGUGUUUGAUCUGUCUUUAGGAAGCUGUCUGUUCCACAGUGAGGUCUAUGAGAAUGGUACCUGCUUCAUACAUGACAACUGCACCACCUGCACCUGCAAGGAUUCCACAGUGGUGUGCAAGAAACGGUGCUCACGGCCGGGAAGUUGCCAGGGCAACCAGUGCUGUGAUGAGUGUCUGUCCUAUGUGAAAGUGGAGGAAGUGAAAUACUGCAGAGUCCGGAACAAGAUCUACAGGGAAGGAGACAUGUGGUCAUCAGUGAACUGCACUCUCUGCGCCUGUGUUAAAGGCAACAUAGAGUGUCGGCCCAAACAGUGUGUACCAAUCACCAGCUGCCCCUCGAAUAAGAUCCUGAACAGAACCGGCUGCUGUCCAGUUUGCACUGAAAAGCCGGGUGUAUGUACAGUGUUUGGCGACCCUCACUACAACACCUUCGACGGCAGGACCUUCAACUUUCAGGGGACGUGUCAAUAUGUGCUGACUCGUGAUUGUGGCAGCAUUCCCUCUGGAGGGCCGGGAAACAACGUCAACGUCAACAGCCCAGACUCCAGCUUCACGGUGUUGGUGAAGAACGAUGCCCGGCGGACUCGCUCCUUCUCCUGGACUCAGUCUGUUGAGGUGAGAUUGGGCGGUUUGAUCCUCAGCCUGCACCAGCACCUGACGGUCCGGAGGAACGGGACCCGCAUCGCGCUGCCUUUCCACGGCCCUGGGGUCCACAUCGACCUGGACGGAUACCUGCUCAAACUCACCACCAUUGCAGGUUUGGAGAUCACAUGGGAUGGUGACAGUUUUGUGGAGGUUGUAGCUGCUCCCCAUCUUCGCGGACGCCUCUGCGGCCUCUGCGGCAACUACAAUGGUCACAAGCGCGACGACACUAUGGGAGGCGACGGCCAGUUCAAGUUCGACGUGGACGAGUUUGCCGAGUCGUGGCGAGUCGAAGGAAACGAGGUUUGCUCCCAGCAGCAUCCGCCUCGCAGGCCGACGUCCUUCCUGUGCCCCGGCAGCGUCAAAGUCAAGUUCCGGGCCCACAGGGAGUGCCAGAAGAUAAAGUCAUGGGAGUUUCAGAAGUGCCAUCGUGUGGUGGACUUCGGCCCUUUCUACAGGUCGUGUGUGACGGACAUGUGUGAGUGUCCGGUCCAUAAAAACUGCUACUGUGAGUCCUUCAUCGCCUACAGCCGAGCCUGUGAGAGGGAGGGAGUCCCCGUCCUUUGGAGGCCUGACACUGUUUGUAUGGCCACCCAGUGUAAACACGAUGCCGUAUACGACACCUGCGGGCCGGGCUGCACCAAAACCUGCGACAACUGGAACGAGAUCGGACCGUGCCUCAAGCCCUGCGUGGCCGGCUGCCACUGCCCCGCCAACCUGGUGCUGUUCCAGGGACGCUGCAUCAAACCCACAGCCUGUCCGGGACGGUGACCCUUGUGACCCGGGAGGGAGGGAGGGGGGCCAGGUUCAGGAGGGUCAUCUGUAGUACUCAAAUUAUGGGGCCAAACUAACCAUGAAGACUCUGGGUGGACGCUAAAGGGUCUCAAGUCGACAGAUCAGAUGCAACAAGGUACUCAGGGUCCGUAACUUUGCAAAGAAGCACGUUGCAGUGACUUAGAGAUACAAACUACGAUGAUGGACUGAAGGGAAUCUUAGUGGGUCCGAUGCUGAACGUCGCCGCCACGCUCAGCUUCUGACUUCCUUGUGCCUCUUGCGAUACCAUGUAGUGUUACUAUACCACCACCAGAGGGGCUCAUUUUUCGUCUUGUAGAGGAAGAACUGAACUCCCAAGGGAAAAGUCGCAGAUCCCAUUUGGAGAUUUUACAUCUCGCACCAUCCGACGAACAUUCGGGAAAUGAUUUGUGCCGGAGGACUCCUGUAAGAGCCAAUCAGGCACCUGAACUCCUCUUGCAAACACACUAAAACGGUAAACUGGGCAUGUGCAUUUGGAAGAGCGAGAUUCAAAGUGGAAAAAAAAAACUCUGAUGCAUCAUGUCACAGUGCCCUCGUGAUCUCUAUUCCAUCAUUUCAUACUGUAAGCUAGCCAGAUUUAUAUGAAAGACAGACAGCUUUUAUAUUAUUAUUGUUCUAAUUAAUUAUUAUUAUUUGUUGUUGAUGUUAAUUUAUAUAUCGGUCAAUUGACAUGUCGUAGCAAGAGCCAGAAUCAUGAAUAUAAUUGCGUUACAAAUGAUCUAAAGGGAAACAAAAGCUAUUUAUGUAUUUGUUGUGUACUUUUUGUGUGACUGUUUGAAGAGAAAUGCCCAAAUGUGACUCAGUUGUUGCACCAUCGCAGGGAAAAAGUACUGUAUUGUAUUAAUGCUCCGUGUACAGGUUGUUGUGGUUAGUAUCAAAUUGAAGGUGUUCAUGUAAGCAUAUGGUUUCACUUGAUGAUAAUUAUUUAAGACCAGCAAUAUAAUCUUUUCUCGAAGUUCA